UAAAAACGGUUUGAGCUGCGACGGUGGCCAAAUUGCAGACAGCGAGGGGCGUGCGCAAGGGAGUCCCCCUGACGCAGCGCUGCCCGCCCCUACCCAACCCAGGAUUCGCUUCAGGAAAUGAUAGAAAGUGACAUCCAGUCCAGAAUGUCAGGAAUGAUCAGAAGCUCCGGACACAGCCAACACCGCCCUUCGCAGGAAUACAGGCUCCUGCCUCCCAUGGGGGAAGAUGAUCUCCCCGGGGACCUUCAGUCGCUGUCAUGGCUCACGGCCGUGGACGUGCCUCGGCUACAGCAAAUGGCAAGCGAGCGGAUAGACCUGGGCAGCCCUGGUGUGCCACAUCCACACCCAGGUGCCUUAGCUGGGACGGCAGACCGGCAUGUGGGUGCAGCCCCACGUCCCCUCCUCCAUAGCCAGACUGCCAUGGUCCCCAGAGGCAUGCUGGGCUUGAACCCCAUAGGCAGCCACAGAACCAACGCUGAGCAGAUGAACCAGUUCCCCGUAGGAGGCCAGUCAUCAGCAGGCCUCCAGGAAAUGCCACAGUUAUAUUCUCCGGCUGCCCAAAUCCAGUUCCCCCUGCCUCUGGGGUCCCAGCAGUGCCCUCCUGCAGGCCUCUACGGCUCUCCCUUUGCAGCUCGGCCUUCCUACCCACAAGCCCACAUGACAGUGCAUUCAUCUCAGGAGCCACACCCCAAACACUACCCCAAGCCCAUCUACUCCUACAGCUGUCUGAUCGCCAUGGCCCUGAAGAACAGCAAGACCGGCAGCCUGCCCGUGAGUGAGAUAUACAGCUUCAUGAAGGAGCACUUCCCCUACUUUAAGACAGCACCUGACGGCUGGAAGAACUCGGUGAGGCACAACCUGUCCCUGAACAAGUGCUUUGAGAAGGUGGAAACCAAGUCCAGCGGCUCCUCACGCAAGGGCUGCCUGUGGGCCCUGAACCUGGCACGCAUCGACAAGAUGGAGGAGGAGAUGCACAAGUGGAAAAGGAAGGACCUCGCCGCCAUACACCGCAGCAUGGCCAACCCCGACGAGUUGGACAAGCUCAUCUCAGACCGCCCGGAAAGCUGUCGGCGUCCUGGAGAACGAGGGGAGCCUGAAGCCCCCAUGCUGACUCACGCCACCACAGUGGCCAUGGCCCACAGCUGCCUGGCCAUCUCCCAACUCCCACCAAAGCCACUGAUGACCCUGUCCCUGCAGUCAGUACCCCUGCACCACCAGGUCCAGCCCCAGGCACACCUGGGCCCCGACUCCCCGGCACCAGCCCAGACCCCACCCCUUCAUGCCCUACCCAGUCUCAGCCCAGGGCCUCUCCCCCAGCCAGCCAUGGGUAGGAUUCCUGGGGACUUCCUCAACAUCAGCGCUGACAUGAACACAGAGGUGGACGCCCUCGACCCCAGCAUCACGGACUUCGCUCUACAGGGUAACCUGUGGGAAGAGAUGAAGGAGGACAGCUUCAGCCUGGACACGCUGGGGGCCUUCGGAGACUCCCCACUUGGCUGUGAUCUGGGAGCCCCAAGCCUGACCCCUGUCUCUGGCAGCGGUGACCAGUCCUUCCCCGAUGUGCAGGUGACGGGUCUCUAUGCUGCCUACUCCGCCGCAGACAAUGCAGCCCCACCGGUGGCCAACCCUGCGCAGUACCUGGGUACGCCCGGGAGCAAGCCCAUUGCUCUGCUUUAAGUUGCUGGCCUGGAAGAAAAGCACGUCAGCUGUACCAUGUCCCUGGCUGAUGACUGAUGUGGAAAUGACAACUUAUGGUUUCUUCUGCUCCCCAACAUGCUGCCACAGGACACUCCUGGGACGCUCAAGUCAGAAGCAUGGGGGAACUGCAAGCCCUCCACCUCCCCGUCUUCUGCAGGGCCUGAGGCAGAGGUAUAGCCAUGGUGAGACCUGGCUCUUUUUAGCCUGGCUCCUGGCAGAGCCUGGAUGAUCAGCAGACCAUCUUGGGACACAGUGGUGUGUCAUGGAGACACAGGAGAGAAAGCUCCAAGCACACACACUCUCCUAGGAGACGAACCUCUGACUACGCCUCAGAGCAUGGCCUACGGCUGGAGAAAGGCCUGGUCAGCCUUGGAGAUGACAUGGUUGACCUCUGCUGCAGGAUUCUACCCAUCACUCCUAGAGUGUCCAGAGCCAUGCUGUUGAGACUGUGUGUAAAUUUAUUUCUAUUUAUUGUGACUCCAGCUGAGAUCCCUAGAAUGAGAUUCACAACGACUCCCCACCGUUCAGCAAGCCUAACUCCCUAGUGACCCCAGUCAUGUCUCCAGCCUGCUCAGGCAGCCCCCACCCCCGACCCCUGCGGUUCAGAGAGUAAGCAAGCACUUUCGCUACUGGGGGGACACCCUGUCAUUUUUCUAUCAGGACAGAUCUUUUUCUUGGGGUUUAAUCACGGCUCACAACUACUCCUGGGGAUACACGGGAGGGGAGGUACCAUAGCGUCGACUUUGAGAAGGAUUUUUCUAAGGCCUGCCGGGCUGAGACAGCAGGAAAGGGCAGAGACCUGUCUGUGCCAGGUUACAGACAUUGAGGCAGGAAGACGUGAACCUUGGGCCCUGAGCAACCAUCACCAUUUGCAGCGUCACUUCGAGGAUACUGUUGGCGCCGGCCGGCUGCCUCUGCUUUGCUUUGUCUGUAUUCACAACUACUGUCUUGUCCCGUGACUGGAUUUUCCCAAGUGAGGGUUCUGCAGGCAGGUAGGCCGUUGGAGAGAGGAGUGGGGGCCCCCUCCACAACCUCUUUUCCACCUCGAUAUCUGACCCCAUGUCUGAGAGUUCACAGCCUAGGUUGUUCAGAAGAACAGCAGGCAGGCCAGCUGUCUGGAAGGGCAGUGUGAAGCCUUGUCUUUCAGGCCUCCCCACUGAGUGGGUGCAGCCCGGCCCAUCCGGCCAGCCUUGCUCGGCUGCUGUACGCCGGCCCCUCGAACAGUCAUGCUGUUUAAGUGUUAAGACCCCGCAUAUGGGCAGUGCCGAGACUCUGUAGGUGUUCUGCUGAAUAACUAUCUAAUGUCAAUAAAGGCUGAGCAGCA